AUUUUAUUUGUAUAAAUACGGUAACGUGAAUUUUAAAUUGUAAUGUUACACGUUCAUUGGGAAAUAGUUGCAUCCGUCUUAGGUCCCAUAGUUUGUCUACCAUUUUGUUUCUACAAGAAGUAAUUAUUAUUUACGGAUAAUGGCUCAGGUCGGUCAGUGGUCCCAUUCCCUGUUUGGAUGCUUUGAUAAUUUCGGGACAUGUAUUAUAACGUACUUUGUACCUUGUGUGACCUUUGGUCAGACUGCGGAGGCAAUCGGUGAGGGCAGCUGUGUUACAUGCGGGCUUGCUUAUUUCGUGCCGAUACUCAACAUCAUCACAUGGCUGAAUAUCAGAGGAAAGAUAAGGGAGAUGAAAGGUAUAGAAGGAUCCACAGUCAAUGACUGUCUGACCAUAUUGUGUUGUCCCCUUUGCGCACUCGUCCAGGAAGCACAGGAAGUGCAGGGAGGCGGUCCAAGCGCACAGAGCAUGUCAAGAGAAUAACCGGAACCGGAAGUUGAACACUCAUUUUGUAAAAUAACCAUUAGUUUUUUUAAUGUGUUAUUUGCAGUUGUUAUAAUGGUCGCACGAUAAAUAUUUCCAUUAACACCACAAGAGACUAUCGGAUUUUCUUCCGGUCUUAAGUUACAUUUUUCAGUCAAUGACUCUGAACAUUACCAUGAGAAUUAUUGAUGAUAUAUAUAUAACAAUCAUGUUCUCGCCAUUUUACACUGAGACUUCUGACACUGUUAACCUUGCUCAUAAUCGAACUAUGCAUGUAUUCUUUUAGUGGAACGCUUGUGUGUGUAUGUGUGUGAAAGCUGUAUAAGUGAAAUAGUUUCACCAUGAAUAAAUACAUUCCCCUUGAGCAUCAUGAUUUCAAAUAAAAUUGUUUAAUAAUGUAUUUUAAAGUAGUAUUUUGUAUAAAUAAAGCAUUCCCAUGAG